AUGCCCAUAGGGAUCAUCUACUUUGGAGCGAUUGCGCUACUCAACAUUGCACCGCUCGUCGUGGACCUCUUGGAGAUCGUACGACCGGGCGGCGAGGUGUCCGACUACUCGAACUCGCUCUUGAGCUUCAUCACCCCACUCGUCUCGAUCCUGCUCACGCAGUUCUACUUCGACCUCCAGGAGACCGCCGACCCUCCUCUCUGGGUUGCCAACGCCCAUGUCGCUCACCCUGAUUGGACAAGCCCCUCGCCCUCGCCCGAUCAACUCUCGACCGGGAUGCAGACCGACUUGCAGUUUGCGACGCAUGUAUCUGACAGGUCAAGGGGUCGUUCAGAGUCGAGUACGAGCUCCGGGGCGCGGAGGUGGUCCGUUCGUUCCAUCGAGCGUGCGCAAGCGUCAGACUGA